AUGCACGUGAUGAUGCUACUCGCCAAGUUGGCCGUGGAACAUGCCGAAGUGUUGGUUCGGGAAUCCGCUGGGGCGUUGAUUGCCAAGACCAUGGCGCUGCAUCCGACCGAAGACCGGUUGCAGCAAUACAUGACGCCGUUGCUCCAGACGUUGCGAGCCACUGCCGUGCCCACAGGCCGAGUUGCUGGCAAACCGGCGGGGUUUGAAAUUGCGUUCUUCAACAACGAGUACGCCGCGUCAAAUCGGCCGGCCACGACGACGCUGUGGACUCCCGUGACAGGGGAAGGCAGUUGCCACAAGCAUCGCGCGAGUCCACUAGAGCCGUUUCAAUUGGUGAGUGCGAAAUCGCAGGCGCUGGCCGAGCGCAGUCGGACGCCAGAACUGUCCCAUUCGAAACUUCGACGCGUUCUCUCCAGUCCCAAAGUGCCCACGCUGACGGCCCACAACACGACGUUGCUGACCAACGCCUCGUCUGGAACACAGCAACAUACGAUGGAAAAUGAAGAGAAUGAACUCGUUGCUGCUACGCCGUUGUUGCUUCGACCGGAGACUUGCCCGACGUUUGAUCAGCUCACGUUUGACCUGGCCUCUACCGGCGCGACCCCCAAGCCAUGGUCGAGCCUGUCCAGUUUGCGUACGUCGCAAGCCAGCGACGUCGGUGAAACGGCUGGUCCCGAUGCUGGUGACGACCCCGACAUUGGGGGCGUAUCGUCGUCCCCGCUGUUUGUCGAGCCUCUGGACACGGCCAAGCGCGUGGAUGCCUUGCAUGGCCGCAUGAUGUCGACCAGGGGGCCUUGUAGGCCUAGUAUUACUACUAGUAGUACUAGACCCCUCUAUCCCAACCCCAUCGAGCCAACGACCCCGCCUCAACCGUCUUUGUCCAGCCCCAACAACAACAACCAUACGAUUGGCGAAACCAAACCCAAAGAUUUCAUCACCAAAGCCAAAGUCAACCCAGAGUCCCUCCGCGACCACCGAGCUGCCAAGUGCUUGCAGCGGUACUUUCGACGCAUUCUCAAAACGUCU